AUGCUCAAGACAGCUCAAAACCAACACAAAAUCUAUCGUUUUAACGAGUUGAAUCUCAACAUGUCCUAUGUAAGCACAUGGCAGCCUGUCCCUCCUCCGCCUCGACCCGCAAGACAGUAUCGGUGGAAAAACACGGACAGUAAUCCAAUCACAGUGCUUCCAAUUGGCUGGAAUGCCGAGGAAUAUGAUCUUGAUGCUGAGGACUUAGAUGCGCAGAUUGAAAGAUGCCGCGAAAGGAUUGAGGACAAUAUCUUACCGCACAUUUUUGAGCGAAAACUGGAUACAUUUCUGAUAAGAAAAACGGAGAGAGAGACUGCGAUGAUGAUAUACCCAGGACUUGCCUGGGAAGUUUUGGAACGUAUACAAAACCUCGAGGAGAUCGGAGCCACAUUACUUCAAGACGGCGACGAGUAUGCUCUUCUUCCUACUAUUUCAGCUAUCAUUCAGGCUUAUAAAACUGGGACAAUCGGCUGGUACCCGGGACUUGUCACGUAUUGGUACAACGGAGCUCAGAUCUCUCAGCCCAGGCCUUUUGAUUGGGAUGAAUAUGGCUGUAUUAGUUCGCAUUGCCUGGGUGGAAUUGUUUCUUUCUGGGUCGAAGGGGUGAGCUAUGUCAGUACUUUCGCAUUAUGCUCUUAUUAA